UUAAAAUGCUGUGAAUGUGACAGCCAAUAGUCCAGACUGCCCGCGUGGGGAAGGUGAUGGGAGAAAGCCAUGCGUAACCAGCGAAGAUGAGUGCAAAAACAACACACUCGCAGACACAGGGCUGACACUGCGAGGGAAGGCGCAGACGGAAACGGCGCGCGCUACUCCACAAGUGACUGGGGAUACGCACGUUCCGAAUAUCGGGGACAAAAGCGCGCAGACACAGAGAGAGAGAGGGGGGAGUGCGAGAGAGGGGAGACGACGACGGACUGUGGUGCGAGUAGCGUUACCCUUGGGGGGUAAAAAUGACCGUAGUGCCCGGAGAAAACCUCGAUGAGACUGUGGCACUGUCCGCCCUGUCCCAAGAUGUCUAUGACCCAGAGCGAGCGGAUCAGGAGUGCUGCGAGAGGGUGGUCAUCAACAUCUCCGGGCUACGAUUUGAAACUCAACUGAAAACCCUCGCGCAGUUUCCCGCUACCUUGUUGGGAGAUCCAAGGAAAAGGAUGCGUUUCUUUGAUCCAUUGAGAAAUGAGUAUUUCUUUGACAGGAAUCGACCCAGCUUUGACGCGAUCCUCUAUUAUUACCAAUCUGGGGGGCGACUCCGGAGACCUGUCAAUGUGCCGGUGGACAUAUUCAUGGAGGAGAUAAAAUUUUAUGAAUUAGGGGAAGAGGUCAUCGAAAAUUUCAAAGAGGAUGAAGGUUUCAUUAAAGAGGAAGAGCGUCCAUUGCCAGACAAUGAAUUCCAACGUCAAGUCUGGCUUUUGUUUGAAUACCCUGAAAGCUCAGGACCCGCGAGGGGCAUCGCAAUAGUUUCGGUCAUGGUCAUUUUGAUAUCGAUUGUUAUUUUCUGCCUGGAGACCUUGCCCGAGUUCAGGGAGGAUAACAGACUGCACGAGGAUCACCUGGCUUUGAACAGAACGGUUCAAAUGAAGAAGCCCAAUCCGUUCACGGACCCCUUCUUCAUUGUGGAGACGCUGUGCAUCAUAUGGUUCUCCUUCGAAUUACUGGUGAGGUUUCUCGCGUGCCCCAGCAAGCCCGCCUUCUUUAAAAACAUCAUGAACACCAUAGACAUAGUGGCGAUUAUGCCCUAUUUCAUCACGCUCGGCUUGGAGCUCGCGGAACACCAGGGCAACGGUCAGCAAGCCAUGUCUUUGGCCAUACUGAGGGUUAUCCGCUUGGUGCGAGUUUUCAGGAUCUUCAAGCUUUCCAGACACUCUAAAGGCCUCCAGAUCCUGGGGAAGACGCUCCAGGCGAGCAUGAGGGAGCUCGGGCUUCUCAUAUUCUUCCUCUUCAUCGGAGUCAUCUUGUUUUCCAGCGCCGUCUACUUCGCCGAGACCGACGACCCAGAAUCGGGAUUCAGUAGUAUCCCCGACGCGUUCUGGUGGGCAGUGGUAUCCAUGACUACGGUGGGCUACGGGGACAUGUGCCCGGUCACAAUCGGCGGAAAAAUUGUCGGCUCGCUGUGUGCCAUCGCCGGCGUGUUGACCAUCGCGCUGCCAGUCCCCGUCAUCGUCUCAAAUUUCAACUAUUUCUAUCACCGGGAGACGGAGCACGAGGAGCAGUUUCAGUACACUCACGUAACGUGCGGGCAGCAGCAGCCCUCUUUCGGAGAAUUUAGAAAGAGUGACAGCAAGCCUUCCCUCACCAAAUCAGAGUACAUGGACUCAGACGAUUUCGAUGCAAUAAAAUACACAAAUUGUAGCCCGCACAAAGCGUACACGGGCAAGCUGACAGAUGUGUGAUUGUAGACAGCGCGGAAAUGGACCCAGAGAAAUGUGCGUUUCUUGGUGUGCGGCACAGCGAGGCGGCGGACUGCCUGACGUCAUGACAUCAUCGGCGUGUCAGAGACGCGCGAAAACCGGCGGGGAACGCGUCCCGCCGUCUCAUAAUGUGGCACAACACCUUAAAGAACUGGGGGGGGGGGGGAGGGGGCGAGGAUUAACCCCCUCCUGCAUCUGGAACAUUUCUGGAUAUCAACAAGAACGCAGGAAAGACCCUCCUUCCAUUCGCAUUCAGCUCCACACAACAACAACCACCACAACCACAACAACCACAACCACAACAACAACAGCAACAGCAACAAAAAAGACGUUUGCAAACACGGCGCUCUGGAGAGGACUGACGCAUUGCGAGGCCUUCACUGUGGAACGAGGGAUUAAACUCUCGCUGGGACCCGGCCUGCAGCAGUGAGUAGGAUGCAGAAGGAUAACCAGCUACUGCGUGACUCGCAGAGAGAGACAGAGAGAGAGAGAGAGAGAGAGAGCUAAGGUACAACGUGUGCUACCUGAAUGAUCUAACACAUGCAUUACAUAUGCGCAAUACACAAACCUUAAUGAAUUCAGAAUUACCUUUCUUGACGAUGGGUUGG